AUGUCUGCUGUUGGCUGCGUGUUGCACGACUCUUUGGCUUCGGCCGUCCCGACGUCGUACAAGUUCGGGUACAGCGCCAACGAUCUAGGAACYGUCGAGCUGGACGCACCUGCACUGGGGUUAAUCAAAGACUGUGACCCUCUGACGUCCAGUUACAUGGUAACCGGUUCGACUGCAGCGCCGGCGGUCAUGCGCUCCGCGGUCGAGAUCGAACCCGCUAGCAUCAUGUCCAUAACCCCAUCGCCGAUCCUUUCCACGGUCUCCGUGUCCUCUCCGGCACCGAUCCUGCGCACCGCGAUUGAUAUCGAACCCGCCCGCAUCAUCAACGCCGCUCCAAUGAAGUUGGAGACCAGGAUCGCGACUAGCCCGCUGUUGAGCGCUUUCCGUCCAGCGCUCGCGACUUUUGACUCCAACGCGUGGCAGGCCAGUGUACAGGAAAACGCUUCUCCGGCUCCGAUGGCGUUGAGGACGAUAACCAAAACCGCGAAAGUGACGGGAUCUACGAUCAUCAGCUCCGGAUUGGACGCUAUGCCCGCGGUCCACACCCAAUACACCUCAGUCACCGCCGCCCCGCAAGUCGAGUCCAAGAUCGUUCAGUCGGCUCCGAUCGCCACGACGUUGUCCACCGGUGUCUUGCCACUGCCAACCGUGUCCACUUCGUACUCGUACGUCCCGCAGACAUAUGCCUCUUCGUACCUCAAGUCUUACACCGCACCUCAAUACUAUUCAACCGUGUCCAAAUUUUUAGCCGCUCCUCAAUACUACCCGUCUGCCGCAUCUUUCGCGCCUCAGUACUACUCGUCUGCCGCAUCCUUUGCGCCUCAGUACUACUCGUCUGCCGCAUCCUUCGCGCCUCAGUACUACUCGUCCGCAUCGGUAGCCGCCGACGAACCGUGUGACAAAUAG